AUGACGUCACUUUAUUUACUGCUCAUCUUUGGGUCAACAACAAUUUUUGCCGGUGAAACGGAUAAGCUGAUUUCUGUUGUUGUGCUUUUCCGACAUGGCGAUCGUGCUCCUACGGACAGAGUUUCGAAUAUAUCUUGGAUGAGUUACUUCCCUAAUGGUCUAGGAGAAUUGACUGACAGAGGCAUUGAGAACUCGUUCCGCCUCGGUAAAUAUCUGCGGGAUCGUUACGUCUCUUCUGGAUUUUUACGUGUACCGCUUUUGCCGUCGCAAGUGUAUUUCCGUAGUAGGGGAAAUAAUCGUUGCCUUAUGAGCGCAUCGCUCAUCGCCAGCGCAAUGUUCGGUUCGAUUGAUCGACCAACUGAAGCAGCUGUACCCGUAUACAGUCAAGAAGGGAAGGAUUUGUUAUUGGGUGGUACUUCGGAUUGCGUAGCCGAGGUGAAACGAAUGAAAGCUGUUUGUGGUAAAACGCCAAAAUCACAUUAUGAAAACUUCACUGAAUUUCACGGAGUCGUCUAUGAAUGUCUUCAACUACACAAGAAAAGCAAAAUUUUCCCGAAUGGAAAAAGUUUUGAAAUUGCAGAUUCGUUGAUAAAUGAACAUAAAAACGGUCUACCAAUGCCCGAUUGGUUUCAUGAACAUAAAGAGGAAUUUUAUAGAAGUCUUUAUAAGGUGGAAAAUUUCAUGCUUGGUUCAGGCGAAUAUCACAAUCCGGAUAUUUUACGCAUAAAAAGCGGCCUUCUACUCCAUACUGUUCUCAAUAUGUUCAAAUCUAAUUGGGAGAAAUUUCUUACACAUGGAAGCUUGGAGAAGAAGAAAUUUGUCGCCUUUUCAACGCAAGACUGGCUCAUUCAUUCCUUCAUGGAUGCGCUUGGAAUUCGUGCUGCUGCCCUGGGUGAAACUGGAUAUCCACCGUACAAUACACUGGUCAUCUUAGAGCUGAGAAAAAUCAACGAUGUUCCAGUAAUAAAGGCCUACUAUCGAGAUCCAUUGACGGAAACUCUCAACGAUGUGACAUCUUCAAUACGAGGAUGUGGCUCAUAUAGUGCUUGUCCGCUGAAAGACGUUCUCAAUUGUUGUGGACAAUACAUCACCUCCGAUAAAGAAGAAGAAUGUCAUCCAAAGAAGUCAACACAACGAUAA